AUGUCAGUUGUAUCGUUGGAGGAGCUUACAGUUGAACAAGUCGCCAGAAACAUACUCAAAGGUUUGUGGAUCAAUUGAGGAUGUAUAUAUAUUGAUUUUCAGGCCGGGUUUGCCCGUCGUCGUCGCGAACGUUUGUAGUUCCGGAGCCGGAUAGCAAUAAGGUGUUCGCGUGUGCGAUGAACCGAUGGUCGAUUAUCGAAUCGGCGGCGGAGAGCAAAAAAGUGAAGGCGCUCGAAGUGCUGGCGACGCUUCCGAUCACUGAAGCGGAUUUCGGGCAGAAGAGCAUCCGGCGAAGGGACUUUGUGAUGCUCCAGAAGAUGACAUUGACGUCGUUGGUGAUCGGAUACGAGCGAAACGUCGUGGAUGGGCUUGAAAACGACGGAGAUGGUAUGUUGAAGUCAUUGGCCAAGCUGUUUGUUUUCAAUGCAAAUUCCCAUCAUUUCCAGAUACUUGUGAGCUCAACAUGGUACAACUUCUGGAGCACAUGGCCAGCGCUGAAACACGUCAAACACUGAUUCAUCUGAACGUGAUGCGUGCUUCUGUUCACAGAUUCACCGAGCACUGGGCACAAGGCGUCGCGAACUUGUUUCCCAACCUACAGAGCCUGAAUCUCGUCGGCUAUCACGACGACGUAUACCGAGAUUUGGCGAACGCAUUCCCGAACCUGAAGAGUCUGAACUUGCGCAAAAAGGGAAACUUCAACGCGAUCACAGGCGUCGGUCUUCUUCGAAAUCUUGAAGUUCUGAUGAUCGAGAGUAUAACCGACGAGGAGAAUGUGGAGGAAUUGUUCCAACUUCAAAAGUUGCGAGUUCUGAGCGUUCCGGGGUAGGAAAUUCUACCGGAACUUGUUGCAUUUUCGUUCGUUUUCAGCACACGACACGUGAAUCGACCGUUCAUUUACCUGUUCCGAGAGUGUCUGGACAGAGGGCUCACGUUUCCCGAGCUGCAAUACUUUGACUGCUCGGAAAUGUCGAUUGACAUUCCCUACGACGCGAUUGUUCAAGCACUUCCCAAACUGGAACACUUUACGUGUAUAGGUGAGUUGCUUAAAGUCUUAAAGUCGAACCGCUGAGACUUGCAGGCAGCUCAACCUAUCUCGGAUAUUUGCCGUCAUACAACGUAGAAUCGGUCAGAUCCACAAUCGAGGCGAUCGAACACUACCUGCGUCUGAAAAACGACGGAAUGCUCCUGAUGGUAUUGUACGCGAAUCAGAUGGCCGAUUUUCGGGAGGGAAUUCCGCAGUGCGCACCGCACGAACUCCGCACGUUCAUCGCAUUGAUCUAUAAAUUGAUCGAGAGAAAACCGACUGGCUUGACGACCGGAACACUUGUCUGCUGCAACUGUCCGAAGAUGUAAGAAGAAUGUUCUGAUCAAAUGAACACGUCUUUUGCAGACUAAAGUUGAUGAUCGCGAGCCGAACGUUUAGCGAGGCAGAAGUUCGGCGAUUCGUCGCGUUUGUGCUCCGUCUGUUUCGCAAAUUCGAGUCGAGCGGAGUGCCACACAUUGACAUUCUUCGCAACGUCAUCUGCGAGACGCUUACGACGCCCGGGAUCCGUGGUCUUCUCGCCCCCGAAAACUAUCUCGAAAUCUGCCGAAUCGGACUGCGCAACUUCCCCAACGACUACCUGAGGGCGAACAUUAUCGAUUUUCUCACCGACUAUUGUCCGCCCGAGGAUCACACGAAGCUCAGCGGCGAUGACUUGAAGCUGGCGUUCAAGUAUUUGGUGGAAAGUGUGUACGAUCGAAUGGACGAGCCGGAAAACGAGCCGGCGCAACACCACAUCUUCGAUUGUCUCCGCAUCAUUUCGCACUUUGUCGCUUUGAGCGCGUUCGCCGAGCCCGACAACAUCGAGGCGGGCGAUUAUUCGAAGGAGAUGAGCAUGUUCCUGCUCCAAAUGAUCAGUCGGCCGCAGUUUGGCCGUUGGCUUCAUCGCGGAAUGAUCAAGUUCAAAGUGUUGUGCAUUUUUAGAGUAAUGCUAUGCAAACGAGUUCAUCCGCCGGCGCUCUACACUUCAUUUGCGGUCAACAUUUUCGAGUAAGACACCAACUGAUAGAAUAUGUGCACAAUUAUUGAAUUUCCAGACAAACAAUAAAGAAUCCGGCGGAUAACUUGCCGCAUUCGAUGAGCUGUGCCGGCUCGAUUCUCGCCAAACUCCUCCUGUUUCCGGAGCAAUUCGAGGGAGGAAUGGAGGUGGCUGACGGCCUGAACGAGACACUUUUGCACUUGUGCCGCUCGUUUUCGUCGCUCGCGGAUCCGCCGAAACUUUUGGAAUUGGAUAAGGCGCGCGACGAAAUCGAGUCGGCCCAGUUCAUGGGAACCGUCACCGAACACGUGUGCGCCAUUCAUCAGUCGGUUCGCUACGAGCCGAACGGUCCGCAACACUUUUUCGAUGCUGGACUCGAAGAAAUUAUGAGAAAGUUGUCACGCGGCGAGUGGAAGCAUCAGCACGUCGACGAGUGCGUUGUUCGAAUGGCCAAAGAGAUUCGCGACGUGACGGAGCCCGGCUGGGAAAGAGGCGAGAAGCGGAGAGCCGAGGAUGAGCAGAAAAGGACCAAAAAGUCGAGGAACUAA